AUGCAGGGCCUCAGGGGAAAGAGAAAAAAUACAUGCACUGAGUGUGGGAAAAACUUCUUUAGAAGAUCAGACCUUUCUGAUCAUCAGAGAAUCCACACAGGGGAGAGGCCCUACAAAUGCAGUGAGUGCGGAAAAAGCUUCACUAACAGAUCAGGCCUCUUUCAACAUCAGAGAAUCCACACAGGGGAGAGGCCCUAUGAAUGCCGUGAGUGUGGGAAACGCUUCACUAACAGCUCAUCCCUUUCUGAACAUCAGCGAAUCCACACAGGGGAGAGGCCCUAUGAAUGCCAUGAGUGUGGAAAAUGCUUCACUCACAGAUCAGCCCUUUCUCAACAUCAGCGAAUCCACACAGGGGAGAGGCCCUAUGAAUGCUGUGAGUGUGGAAAAUGCUUUACUAACAGCUCAGACCUUUCUAAACAUCAGAGAAUCCACACAGGGGAGAGGCCCUAUGAAUGCAGUGAGUGUGGGAAAAACUUCACUUACAGAUCAGUACUUUUUCACCAUCAGAGAAUCCACACAGGGGAGAGGCCCUAUGAAUGCCAUGAGUGUGGAAAAAACUUCACUCACAUAUCAGGCCUUUUUCACCAUCAGAGAAUCCACACGGGGGAGAGGCCCUAUGAAUGCCGUGAGUGUGAAAAAUGCUUCACUACCAGCUCAGCCCUUUCUGAACAUCAGAGAAUCCACACAGGGGAGAAGCCCUAUGAAUGCCGUGAGUGUGGGAAAAACUUCACUUACAGAUCAGGUCUUUUUAACCAUCAGAAAAUCCACACAGGGGAGAGGCCUUAUGAAUGCCGUGAGUGUGGGAAAACCUUCAAGUGCAGCUCGCACCUUAUUAGGCAUCAGAGAAUUCACACAGGGGAGAGGCCCUAUAAAUGCAGUGAGUGCGGGAAAACCUUCACUCAAAGAUCAGGCCUUUUUCACCAUCAGAGAAUCCACACAGGGGAGAGGCCCUAUGAAUGCAGUGAAUGUGGGAAAAACUUUGCUCACAAAUCAGCCCUUUCUGAUCAUCAGAGAAUCCACACAGGGGAGAGGCCCUACGAAUGCAGUGAGUGUGGGAAAAGCUUCACUCAAAGAUCAAGCCUUUUUCGCCAUCAGAGAAUCCACACAGGGGAGAGGCCCUAUGAAAUCCGUGAGUGUUGGAAAACCUUCUCUUAGCACUCAG